GGGGAGAGAGAAAAAGGGAAGAGGAAAAGGAAAGGUAUAAAGAAAUGAGAGAAAAGGGGAAAGGGAAAGGUGGUUUGCCUGCAACACAGCAAAGCUGCACAGCCUUGAAGCCCAGAUCAACUCAUUCCAGCCAGAGGACAGGUGCCCUGGCGCUGCCUGGGUGUUGAGGGAGAGUGAGCGCAAGGUGACCUGGCUGCCAGCACAGGGACGCACUCACACCUUCCCAUCCCUUGGGCAAAGAGAAGCUGGUGGCCAACCCGCACCCCCUCUCCCUCAUGGUGAGAUGGCAGCUCUGGGAGAUGCUGGGGACGAGAGGAUCAGGAGGAGUCAGGGGGAGAGCACAGCUGGGCACAGGUUAUUUUCCCCUGCUGCCCCCAGGGCUGCAAGGAAGGGUCAGGGCUGGGGAAGCACAGCACCUGGGAGCUAACCCUGCCUUCUCCUCCCUGUCAGGGGCCCGUGUUGGAAGGAGAUCUAAGAUGAAGUUAUGGGAUGUUGUGGCUGUCUGCGUGGUGCUGCUCAACACGGUCUCCACCUCACCCCUGCCCGCCGGUAAGAUGCCUCCCGAGGGGCCCCCUUCAGUGGUAGAGGGGCCUGAAGACGAUCUCUCCCCCAUCAGCCUGCCGCCUCCCUAUGCUGUGCACAGUGACUCUAAUAUGCCAGAGGAUUACCCAGAUCAGUUCGAUGAGGUAGUGGACUUUAUUCAAGCCACUAUUAAGAGACUGAGGAGAUCGCCAGAUAAACAGACUCCAAUUUUUUCUAGGCGGGAGAGGAACCGGCAAAGUGCAGCCACAAAUGUAGAGAAUUCCAGCAGAAAGGGAAGGAGGAAUCAAAAGGGCAAAAAUCGGGGAUGUGUCUUAACAGAAAUACAUUUAAACGUAACUGACUUGGAUUUGGGAUAUGAAACCAAAGAAGAACUCAUCUUCCGGUAUUGCAGUGGAUCUUGUGAUGCAGUUGAGACCACGUAUGACAAAAUUCUGAAAAACUUAACCAGAAAGAAAAAACUAGUCAAUGACAAAGUGAGGCAAGCCUGCUGCAGACCCACAGCCUUUGAUGAUGACCUGUCCUUUUUGGAUGAUAACCUGGUUUACCACAUACUGAAAAAACAUUCCGCAAAAAGGUGUGGAUGUGUCUGACUCUUGUGCACUGGAGGUGGCUCCAGUUUUGCAUUCCUGCGAUGAUGAAAAGAGAGGGACCAAGGUUCCCGGGGAUGUGUCUGCUCAGAACAGAAAAAAAAAAAGGACCAAGAAUGCGGAACGAGGGGCGGGGAGCCUGGGGUGUGUGAAAUGGCUUAAGAGAUGGAGAUUUUUGAUGUCCUACAGGAAAGUAAAUAAAAGCUUAGGUGGACAUGCCAACAGCUGGAUGGCAUAUGUGCUCCCUUUUCCACUUGACACGGUCCACCACCAGUGAGACUUGCAUCCAUGAGGAACGUGCUUAAAAACACAGCCCUGCAGUACUGCGUUGCUAUGGGGUCAUCCCCACUUGCACCAGGAAGCUGAGCCUGUGCCCUCAGCUCUACCCAAAGACAUGUUGUGCUGUUGGUCAUUGAAGGUUGGUUCUUCAGCGCUUAAGACAACUUCUAAACUGUAAUGAGGUUAAUAUCCAAUGUAAGAUGGUAUCAGGCAAAAGUCAAAAUUCCCAGGCUCAAGUUCUGUAGGACCAGUGUCAGUACAAAGCAAAUCAGUUCUACUUACUGGCUAAGUUUGGUUAUUUCCAUCUCACGUUUCUUCAAAAUAAGUGUAGGAUUUCAUUAUUCUGCUACCUAUGAAAACAAAUGGAGUUUUUAAGCACUUCUUCCUAGUAUAGUAAGUGAAAUAAGCCUGGCAUACACAAAAUGUGUUUCUUUUGGUUUACAAAGGACUAAUGUCACUUGCGUAGCUACGUUUAUAUUUGGUCAUUGUGAGUGAGCAGAGACUACUUGAUGCAAUGCAUCCGUUCAGAGACAUAAAUAUACAGAAGAUAUUUAUUAAGAUUAAGUUAUUGUUAUUUAUUACAGUUCAGUAAUGAGUCUCCUUUCCUUAUUUAUUAAAGUUUCUUUUCAAAGGUGCCAAAGUAGAAGGUGCUUGGAAGAUACGGAGAGACAAAUAAGUUGGGAACAACGGUCCAUGCUGUUGAAGGUGUUAACUUGAAUGCAAAAAAUCACUUACUUUACCUUUUU